UCUCGUAAACAAAAGGUAAGGAUCGUUUGUUGAAUUGGGCAGGUUGAAUGCAAAUCAAAGGAAGUGGUAUACGUCGACACUCAUUAACGCAUUAAUUAAUGGGAAGUGUGUAUUGUUUUACCAUUCUACGCGUGUACAAUUGCUUUUAGUUUGGAAACAGACGGAGUGAAACAUCAAGACUACAGUGAUGGGACUACUACAGUGUGUUUUCAUGACGCUGGCUGCUUCUGUUUGGCAUGCCUAUGGGUACAGCGGGGGCGCACCAAAGGGUACCUGUGUCAGUAUGAUCCCGUCCCACGGCGGGUCAGGGGCACAGCCCUCACCCCCCACAGACUACAAGAUCACCGCCAGUGCCAACUCCUACACUCCCGGGGACUCACUUACAGUGACAAUAACCGCUCAGAAUGGUCAACAGUUUAAGGGGUACCUGCUUCGGGCACAAGACGAAACGACGGGAAAAACCCUGGGAACCUUCAGCGUUGUCGGUGGGGGGAAGAUCCAGUGUGGUCCAACGGGAAACCAGGCUGUUACACACACAAGUGGAGCAUGGAAGACAGCAGAAUCUUUUACAUGGACAGCACCAGCUGAUGCCAGUGGAAACAUCGUUUUUAUGGCUAGCAUUGUGAAGUCCUAUGCAGUAUUCUGGACAAAUGUCCGCUCCAGUCCUCUGAGUGCUGAGUCAGCUGUUGUCACCACCAAACAGACAACAGUGGCCCAAGACACCACCCAAGCGGCUUCCUCCAGUAUAGAACCUGUGUCCACUGAGAAGAGUACUGAGGCUGUCACAGCCACAACAAAAUUGUCUACAGACAAUGUUGUGUCAACUGCAAUAACUACAGCAACAACAGAGACGACUACCCCACAGCCCUCUGUGCCUGGAGCCAUAAAAAUGGAUGCUAGAUGUGGUGACACUCGUGGGUGUUUCGUAAACUGUGAGGGAAACGAGUGUCAGUAUGUUGCUACAUGGCAAUACACACCAGAAUUUGUCGACUUUUCUAUUGAACGAAAGGUUGUGGGUGGAGGCCAAAGAUGGCUUGCCAUUGGCUUCUCAAAUGACCAGAAAAUGGGUGAUGAUGAUGUUUUGCACUGCAUUAAUGAUGCAGCUGGCCAAGUGACUGUUGCCAGAUCAUUUAAUCUAGGAACCAUUAACCAGCCAAUAGCUAAUCCACAGGAGGGGAUUUCGAGUGUGACAGGGUCCUUCACUGACGGUGUGUUUAAGUGUUCCUUCCGAUACUCCCAAGUUGCAACCCCACAGGACAACAAAGUGAAGAGACAAACCACCACUCGACCAAUGAUAGAUCUUCAUCUCCAUCGCCACAUCAUGCUGGGAGAUGGACCUGCUUCUGGAGAUCAAGUGGGGAUGCACACAGUAAACCCUAUUGUCACAGCUGCAAUGGUGGAUCUACAAACUACUACUAUCAUUGGAGAUGUGGCUAGAUAUCCACUUAUCAAAGUCCAUGCUUGCUUGAUGAUUCUGGCCUGGAUCUUCUGUACUGGAGUUGGUCUGGUGUUUGCACGAUUUUACAAACCCGUCUGGUCUGAGCGCACCAUUUUAGGGCUCAAAGUCUGGUUUCAGUUUCACCGUGGGCUGAUGGUGACAACACUGGUCUUGACUCUGGUGGGAUUUAUCAUCAUCUUUGUGGAGGUCAAUGGGUACAGUCAGAUUUCUGCUCCAAUGGACAAGACCUAUUUAAAGAGUCACCCAAUCCUUGGAAUCAUAGUCACCAUCCUUGUAGUGAUCAAUCCUGUAAUGGCACUUUUCCGUCCUGGGCCAAAAGACAAAAAUCGACCCAUCUUCAACUGGGGUCACUGGGCUGUGGGCAUGGCUGCCCAUAUACUUUCAGUUAUCACUAUAUGUUUUGGCGUUGAGCUACAAAAGGUUGGGGCACCCAAGUACACAGUUUAUGUUGUAAUAGGAUAUAUAGUAUAUCACGUGCUGAUGGAGAUCACACUCAAAAUAUACGAUUUAUUCGCUGAGAGGCAAGACACAGAAAGAGUAGAACACAUGGAGAUGAAAAAUGGAAAUGGGGCAACACAGAAUGGCAAUUCCUUCCGACCGAUGGAACCAAAACGAGAUCCGAAGGACAGCAUCAUAAAGAAGCUCCUCCUGGUGUUCCACAUUGCCAUAGCAUUUGCUUUCACACUCACUCUGUUGCUAUUAGUAACCCAGUAUUGAUGGAUUGCUCAGAAAGUCUGAAAAGAUUCCAAAGUUUACCUUAAUUAAGACACUUCACAUUUGGGGAAAAAUUACACUACAUCACGCCAUGCUCGACCUACAGGUCUUUGCUAAGGAGGACUACACGUUGAUAAAAAUUCGGUCAUUGUGUCAUAUAUUUUCCCAUUUGUACAAAACUGUGUGCCAAUUAUAAAUUUUAAUUCUUGAAGUACUGAAAGUGUGAACAUAUCAUAUAUGGACAUUCAAUUACUUUGAGAUCUGAAGUGCAAUUAUCAAAUUACAUGCAGUUAAUAUUUGCAUUGUGAAAUACUUACCCUAACUUCAAAUGCUGAACAUGGGUAUGUUGCCAUUUUCAGCUCAGAAGUGAAUUAUGUGUUCCUCAGACAGCAAUGUUUUAAGUGGGUAGAUGUUCAGAGGUCCCCAUCAACAUUAAAAUUUACUAGGCUAUUUGCUAAAACUUUCUCACCAAUAUACAUGUAUAAAGUUUUGUUGAUGUUGUGUACUUCUGUACAAAAACAUUAUGUGCCUUUAUUGUUCCAGAACAAAUAAUCUAAAGUGCAUUUUAGUAUCAGAGAUGAGUAGAUACUAUUUGUUCAACAUGACACAAAUUUAUGGAUUGCAGGCAUAAUUGUGAUAACUUGUCCGAGUCUUAACAUUGUAAAACAGUCGUCCUACACACUGUCUUUAGGUGUUACCACUCUUUGUAUAUAUAUUUGUUGGUGUUAAAUUAGUUUGCCAUGAUGUCAGUACCGACAAAGAUGAGUACCUUUUGUGUUCACUUACAUUGUAUGUCCAAGCACAUUAAAUACAUCCUAGUUAUAUCUCAACCUUCCUCAUUUUCUAAAACUCUUUUCCUUUUGACUGAUUACACUUGGAUAUUUUGAAAUUCACAAUCUUUGUCUGUUUGACAUGCUGUUAGUUUUCAAAUGAACAAGAACUAUAUAUUGUUUUCAUUACAUCUCCAUGUACAUAUCCAUGUGUGGUAUAUGAAUUAAUGCAUUUUUGUCAUAAAGAAAAAUAUAAGUCUCACUAGAAUACAUGUAUAAACCAAAGUAUUGUCAUCAUGUGAUUUGCAUAUAAAUGUGUUCAGCAAGUCAUUGUUAUGUUUUUGAAAUAUUGAAAUAAACAUGUCAUUCAAAACCUCA